AUGUCGAAACUUUUCAUCAGAUCUUUGUCGUGGAACACCGACGACCACAGCCUCAGAACCAAGUUCGAGGAGUUUGGCGUCGUUGAAGAAGCCGUUGUCGUCAAGGACCGUGAGACUGGCAGGUCCCGUGGGUUUGGCUUCGUCAAGUACACCAACGAAGAUGACGCCAACGCGGCCAUCAACGCCAUGAACGACGCCGACUUUGACGGCCGUAGAAUCAGCGUCGUCGUCGCCGAAGACCGCCGUGGAGGAGGUGGUGGUGGCGGUGGAGGAUACAACAACCGUGGCGGUGGUGGCGGGUAUGGCAACAACCAGGGCGGUGGUGGAGGCUAUGGCGGUAACCAGGGUGGCUACGGCGGUGGCGGAUACGGAGGAAGCGGCGGAUACUAA